AUGGUUCUCGUUCAAAGUAUCAUCGUGUCGGUCUGUGUGAUGAUGUCGGCACCCGCGGGCGAGGCAAACAGACAAGAUCACCAGAACUUCGGUUUUGUAGACUGGGUCAGAACCCUGUUCCUUUGGCCGGCCGGUAACGACGGUGCACCAGCGUCGCAAGACCCAGUCAGAGCCAACGACUAUGACCGCCAAGAGAAUGCGACAGUAGCUGUUUGCAAGCGUUUUGCGGACUCGACCCUCCACGAGCGCUUCCUCAUGGCUGCCGCCCUCGCGGAGGUGCCAGGCCAACCUUGGUGGAUCAAGUACGCCGCAGUACUCUUCGGCGAAAAGAUUAGAUGCCCAGCCCAUGAACACCAGGGAGGGGCGACCCUGCACGAGCGGUUUCUGCGGUCGUUAGCGCGCUCUGAGAGCCUUCAAUGGCUGCAGGGGGCCUUCGGGGACGCUGUGACCACAGUCAGUGCUUGGAUGCACGAAGCUUACUCGUCGGGGGUCACGAUCCUCAUUGUGCCUGUUUUGAUCAGCUGGCUGUUUUCAAGCAACAGGGUAAUGAAGUUGCUUCAUCAUGGCGAAGCCUGGUUUGAAUGGAGCUUUGCAACCUGCCGUAACUGGCUGCAGUUCAAGCCCAAGCCGGUGACUGUUGUCGCAGAGUCUUCGCACAGCGAAGCAUCGCCUACCGGGAAGAAGGUGCCAGACGGCGAUCCUCGGUAUGACGUCAUAACGCUGCCCUUCGACGAGCCAAUAAAGGAAUGCGCGACCACCAUCGGCGUCGCAGCGGCCGCGCGGCUGGGAACCAGUGGGACCACUCCUCGAGAAUCUGGAUCGCAGGGAGAUGUCUCAGACGACGCGGCUCCCAAACUUCCUAAAUAGCGCGCGCCGUGCCGGGUGACGAAGAGGAAAAGACGUGAAGAUUAUAUUUCAUUUGGCGGGCCAUCGUCACUUUCCAUCAUCGCACUUUCCUCUCGCCACCUGUCCACCGCAGGCCGUAGCACCUCAUUCGAAAUGACACGAUAAGCAAGGCGCAUUUUUUUCUCUGUCGCCUGAAGGCAAGCGGCCCUGUCAAAUGAUGAAAGAUACGCGAACCUUGAAGGGAGAUUAAAGCCAAAAUUAAUGUAA